CUCCCCCUCCUCGGCGGCGGCGGCGGCGGCAGAGGCGGCAGCGCUCGCCAUUGCCGCUGGUGGCAGGAGGCUGCGAGGAGCCGGCGCGGUCGCAGUCUCCACGGCGCAGGCCCACGGUAGCGCAGCCGCUCUGAGGUUCCGCAUAGGAUUCUGCUUAAAGAAAGAAUUCCUACAGAACAUCAUGCAGCUUUGACACUCUAUGUGAUGUUUGAAUGGUGCUUUCCAUUUCCUAUGACUUGGUGUGGUGAGUAGAUCUUCAUGGAGGAACACGGAGUGACCCAAACUGAACACAUGGCUACCAUAGAAGCCCAUGCAGUUGCCCAACAAGUACAGCAGGUCCAUGUGGCCACCUAUACUGAGCACAGUAUGCUGAGUGCUGAUGAAGACUCACCUUCUUCUCCUGAGGACACAUCUUAUGAUGAUUCAGACAUACUCAACUCCACAGCGGCUGAUGAGGUAACAGCCCAUCUAGCUGCUGCAGGUCCUGUGGGAAUGGCUGCUGCUGCUGCUGUGGCAACAGGAAAGAAGCGGAAACGGCCUCAUGUGUUUGAGUCUAAUCCAUCUAUCCGGAAGAGACAGCAAACACGCCUUCUUCGGAAACUCCGAGCCACAUUAGAUGAAUAUACUACUCGAGUGGGACAGCAAGCUAUUGUCCUCUGUAUCUCCCCCUCUAAACCCAACCCCGUCUUUAAAGUGUUUGGUGCAGCACCUUUGGAAAAUGUGGUGCGUAAGUACAAGAGCAUGAUCCUGGAAGACCUGGAGUCUGCCCUGGCAGAACACGCCCCCGCGCCACAGGAGGUUAACUCAGAGCUGCCACCUCUCACCAUCGACGGAAUUCCAGUCUCUGUGGACAAAAUGACCCAGGCCCAGCUUCGGGCAUUUAUUCCAGAGAUGCUCAAGUACUCCACAGGUCGGGGGAAACCAGGCUGGGGCAAAGAAAGCUGCAAGCCCAUCUGGUGGCCUGAAGAUAUCCCAUGGGCAAAUGUCCGGAGCGACGUCCGCACAGAAGAGCAAAAGCAGAGGGUUUCAUGGACCCAGGCACUACGGACCAUAGUUAAAAAUUGUUAUAAACAGCACGGGCGGGAGGACCUUUUGUAUGCUUUCGAAGAUCAGCAAACACAAACACAGGCCACAACCACACACAGUAUAGCCCAUCUUGUACCAUCACAGACUGUAGUCCAGACCUUUAGUAACCCUGAUGGCACUGUCUCACUUAUCCAGGUUGGCACAGGGGCAACAGUAGCCACAUUGGCUGAUGCUUCAGAAUUGCCAACCACAGUCACUGUUGCCCAAGUGAAUUAUUCAGCAGUGGCUGAUGGAGAGGGCUUGGGGCCCUUUCUCUGGGACAUGGUGACAUCCGGCAUAGAUAACCACACAGUGGCUCCCAACAGAUGGAAAGGGAGAGCAACAAGAGCUCAAGCAAAUACAACUAAAGCACUGAGACUGAAGAAUAGGAAAUUCCAAAGAAAUGUUAACACCCAAGUGGAACAAAAUUGGGCCACGUUACAGGGAGGUGAGAUGACCAUCCAGACAACGCAAGCAUCCGAGGCCACCCAGGCGGUGGCAUCAUUGGCAGAGGCCGCAGUGGCAGCUUCUCAGGAGAUGCAACAGGGAGCUACAGUCACCAUGGCUCUCAACAGUGAAGCCGCUGCCCAUGCUGUCGCCACACUGGCCGAGGCCACCUUGCAAGGGGGGGGACAGAUCGUCCUGUCUGGGGAAACCGCAGCAGCUGUCGGAGCACUUACUGGAGUCCAAGAUGCUAAUGGACUGGUCCAGAUCCCUGUGAGCAUGUACCAGACUGUGGUGACCAGCCUCGCCCAGGGCAACGGGCCCGUGCAGGUGGCCAUGGCUCCUGUGACCACCCGGAUAUCGGACAGCACAGUUACCAUGGACGGCCAGGCUGUGGAGGUGGUGACGUUGGAACAGUGACAUGCAGCCAUACCACCGCAUUGUUUUCUAGUCUACUUCAAAAUUUUUUACACGUUUGCAGAGGUGCAAUCAAAUGGAAUUAAGUCUCUCGACUUUGGAAGAAAAGUUUUGUUAACCUUUUUUUUAAAAAGGAAGAAAGGCAGUGGGUUUUGGAAUUGCAUUUUUUAAAGCACCACUCUUGAUUUUCUGGGAUUGGUGGAAUAAGAUACCAUGUUGUCAAUUUCACUGUCCCGAAAAAGCCAAAUUAUGGCAGGACUUCUUUCUGCAGAAACAUGUGUGUAUACUUACGUGUGUGUAUGUGUGAGUGUGAAUAUAUGUAUAUGUGUACAUAUGGAUAUACACAUUUACAUAUAUAUAAAGUAUAUAUAUAUGUAUGUAUGUAUGUGUGUAUAUAUAUAUAUAUAUAUAUAUAUGAAACCCGCAUGGAAUUAUCUGUAUGAAAUCAAGGUGAGCUGUGGAAAAAAAUAAUUCACCCAGUUUAGUGGGUGUAGGGUACGUGGCCAGACACAGUCACCCGGUUUUUGUUCAUACCAGGGUCAUGCGUUGAGCUACUGACAAACUCAGGCGGAGGUGACCAUGCCCUUCACCAAAGCUGCCUCCCAGUGGCCACCCAGAGCUCUCCCUGCUGGACUCACCUGAGGAAGGAGGUUCCAGAAUGGGGCAGGGUCCAGAAGUUGUGUUUGCAAGGUCCAAGGGCCUCGCGGUCUGGCAGCUGAGAGCUCCUCGGGCUGGCCCAGGUGCUGACCUUACCAUAGGCAGGUGAAUGUCCUUAAAGCCCCCGGCAGGAACAAGAGGGUUUUCCUCAGCCUCCCAUCUCUUCCCCUUCCCAGGAAGCCUUCUUGAUAUCACGACUCUUAAGAGGUUGCUUUGGUUUUAAGGUCAGUCCUGAAUUGGUCAUGUAUAUGAACUGAAGGUAACAGAAGUAUUAAGGGUUUGAGGAGCACGUGCGUGUUAAGUGUGCUUGUGGGCGUGUGCUUGGAGGGGAGAGAGUGGGAGGGGGAGGGGAGGGGCGGGAAGGGGAAAGGAAGGAGGGAGAGAAAGAUCUUCAAAGACCAGGGCACACCAAUGGGAGCAAUUUUUUUCCUUUCCAGUAACUUUCUGUAGCUUCACAGAGGAGACUGGAACUGACAGGAGCGCCUGGCUUGAGGAAGGUUGCUCUUCAUCCUGCGGGGGGCUUUGGAAGAGAAAGGGACCUGGGUGUUUCCGGCACCCCUGGAGCAGGCCCUGUUUCAGAAGGGACACGGCAGUCUUCCCAGGUUGCAGCCUGUGCGCCGGGCCCCACGGCUUCCUCCUCACGGGCGUUGACUGGUCUGGGUGUUCUCUGUGAAAUCCUGUGAUUUCUCAGCUGCAAGCCCUGAGUCUCCAGUGGCUAAAUUCACCUGACUUCUCGACAGGCCAAAUCUCUGCUCCUUGAGUACAGGGACAACUCUUCCUCCCUCCUCCCGGGCCCCCACGUGUGAUAGUGUAUUUAAUGUGUUUUUUUUUUAUGCGACAUUAAAAGAUCCUUCACGUCUUGCUCAGCCUUUGAGAAAAGUUUCAAAUUCUUGUAUUUGCUUGUUUUAUAUAAAACUAUCUAAUGUUCUUUGUAUGUUUUUUUCUGUACGUAAUAGGGGGAGGGAAGGGAAAUUUACAUAUAAACAGUCCUAGUUCUACAACUUGUUAUUUUUUUAAUUAUUAUUUUUUAUCGUCAUUGUGAAGCUGUUCAGGGGCUUUAAAGUCCGUGUUCCUUUGUGGUGAAAUAACCUCCUAAUAGUUUGAGAAGUUGCCAAGAAGAAGAGAAGCAAAACCCAAGUAGCAGAGCAUGGAUUCUGUGUUGUUUUCCAUUCUGUCUAUUACUGCCUCAUUCAAUAAAUAGUUUAAAAUGUGGCAA